GGAAAGAUUAGUCAUCAAUGCCGCACCUUCGAUUGGAUGCUGUAAAGAACGUGUAAGGAACCUGGGCUUGCUUUAGUUAAGGAGUUGCACCUAGAAUGCCAGGCUCUUGGCCGAUCCAGCGCCAACGUUAUAAAAUGCUAAGUGCGCACUUACUAGUUGCAGGCUUUCCCCCCAAUUCCUACCGUAGUCAAGAUUAUCUAGGGACCUUUCCCCCGUAACUUGCAAUGGCUACAAACCCUGAACAACAUUCCAGUCAAGAAUCGUACCCUGAAAAGGGGCCGACUGCCGUCGCCGUACUUGACGAGCGCCGCCGUGUUGCACUGGCAGAAAUCGACAACGCACCCUUCUCUUGGUUCCACGUCAAGGUUUGCCUAGUCGCUGGUGUAGGUUUUUUUACCGAUGCGUACGACAUUUUUGCCAUCAACAUCGCCGCCACAAUGUUGGGCUAUGUCUACGGUCACACAAAUAACCAGCUCAGUACCAACCAAUCUUUGGGUGUAAAAGUAGCCACCCCUGUUGGUAACUUGGUUGGUCAAUUGCUGUUUGGGUGGCUCGCAGAUAUUCUCGGCCGUAAGCGGAUGUAUGGCGUCGAGCUCAUGAUCAUGAUUGUCGCGACUUUCGGUCAGGCUCUCGCAGGCCAGGCCCCAGCGGUGAACAUUCUUGCCGUUAUUAUCGUCUGGCGUUUCAUUAUGGGGAUCGGUAUCGGUGGUGAUUACCCAUUGAGUGCCAUCAUUUCCUCAGAAUUCGCCGCUACACGUUCACGCGGUCGUCUGAUGACUGCCGUAUUUGCUGCACAAGGAUGGGGUCAAUUUUCCGCUGCCCUCGUUGGUAUCAUCGUUGUUGAAGCAUAUAAAGAUGCUAUCCUGGAGGCUCCGUUCCCUUGCGUUUACCCUGUCGAUCAUACCUGGCGGCUCUUGAUAGGUCUUGGAUGCGUCCCUGGUGUUAUCGCACUCUACUUCCGUCUCACUAUUCCCGAGACUCCUCGUUUCACCAUGGAUAUCGAGCGCAAUGUUGCACAGGCUACUGCAGAUAUUGAAAACGUGUUGACAUCCGGGAAGUAUGUCGUUGACGAAGAUGCCCCGGUGUUGCGUGUCAAAGCCCCGAAGGCAACCCGCGCAGACUUUACUGCAUACUUCGGUCAGUGGAAGAACAUGAAAAUCUUGAUCGGCACCGCCUAUUCCUGGUUUGCUCUCGAUAUCGCUUUCUAUGGCCUUGGUCUCAAUAGCUCGAUCAUUUUGACGGCAAUCAACUUUGGUAGCCCCACCGGCAACAAAACUACGUCACUCUACGUUUACGAGAACUUGUACAACAUUUGUGUCGGCAACCUUAUCCUCUCGGUUGCCGGUUUGAUUCCAGGAUAUUGGGUAUCUUUCCUUUUCAUAGACUCCUGGGGCCGCAAGCCCAUCCAAUUGAUGGGCUUCACGAUACUCACCGUCCUUUUCGUCAUUAUGGGUUUCGCUUAUGAUAAGUUGAACGCCACUACCUCGGGCAGGGGCGCCUUCGUCUUCCUGUACUGCCUCACCAACUUCUUCCAAAACUUCGGCCCUAACACUACGACUUUCGUUAUUCCUGGAGAGGCUUUCCCAACUCGUUACCGCUCGACAGCACACGGUAUCUCUGCCGCCUCGGGCAAACUCGGUGCUGUGAUUUCCCAGGUUGGCUUUGCUCGCCUGGUGAACAUCGGUGGCACGAACAAAUUCGUGAAACAUAUUAUGGAGAUUUUCGCUCUGUUCAUGUUGACCGGUAUCUUCUCUACACUUCUCAUCCCCGAAACAAAGCAAAGAACGCUUGAGGACAUCUCGAACGAGGAGCAGGAAGGCUACAUCAAAGGGGCUCCUGUCGUGGCAUCCUAAGCGGAUAAUACUGUGCACCGCGUACCGUGAAAACGUUUUGAGCACGUAGCCGUGGGCCACAUCCAGUAUUUAUGAAUACUAUCUAUGUCUCCUCAGUUAACUUGUAUCAGUACAAGCUGCUCGUUUCAAUAGCCAAUAAUUGGUGCAUUAAUGAAAAUUUGGAUCCUCAU